UGCGCGGUCCAUCCUCGAGCCGCAUUCAUGAAAUACCGGUCGCGCGGCGAGGAGCUAUACCUCUCUCUCGCCCCUCGUAACAACCCUUCGAACAAUUACACCCGUAACCUCGCGACGCAUCUCCACCUCCUUUACUUUUGUUUCUUCUUCUUAGUUUUCUUUUUUUUUUCGUUGCUUUUUUUCCCUCCUCUCGUUGUUCUCGUAUAAUACGUAUACCUGUCACAUUUUGCCGUUGCAACCGACAGCCUCACGCGUGGUUGACGUUACGUGUGAAUAUAUAUUAUGUGUGAAGUAACAACAGCAGCAGGAGGAAUAACACCCAAGUCGAGUGCAAAGACGAGGAGGAGGAAGGAGAUAACCGAAGGCUCGUGAUCACCGAUGAACAUGCUGGAGGAGGAAAAAAUCAGCGCCCGUGCGUAGAGAGAUAUUUCGGGGGUUGUACUUGUGGACGCGGCGAGCCCGGAGUUGUUGGCUUCCUCCCACCCCCCCUUUCGUGUACGUUAUAUACACAAGGGCGAGAGGGUCGAAGCGCCGCGCGCACCUCGUCGAGGAAGAUAUAUAAUAGUCGGGGAUUAACGGCAGCACGAUUGAGCUGGACCUGCACCAGAGGGCCGCCGGCCACUUUAUGAGGUAAAUAGUCUUGAACAAACUAUUGUCUCGGCCGUCGUCGUACGCGCGAUAAAAGUGCUCGGAUGUUUUGUCGCUCAAGAUAUACUAUCUCCACGUAUGGUCUCACGGUUAAUUGACGUGUAGUAGCGCCCCCCAGUAUAUAUAUACAUACCUGUGCUUCGCCGAGGAUGUCAUACAUGAAUCAAUACCCGAGCGCCUACUCGUACGGUUCAUAUUGCGGAUUAGCCCGUUCCGAUAAUGCGCCAGUCGGCGGCAACAUGUGCGACGGCGCGUCGUUCCAGGACACGUUGCGGGGCAUGCAGGGCAUGUCAGGUGCCUCGCCCCCGGGUGCGGCAGCCGUGGGCCCAAUGGUCGGGCUGGGCAGUCCUUUGGGAGCCGCGGCAGCCGCUGUCGCGGCAUCGAGCGGCAAACGCUUGCAGGUCGACCACAUAAAAAGGCCGAUGAACGCGUUUAUGGUCUGGUCGCGCUCCCAGCGUAAAAAGAUCGCCCAGGAGAACCCCAAGAUGCACAACAGCGAGAUAUCCAAGAGGCUCGGCGCCGAGUGGAAGCGGCUGACCGAAGAGGACAAGCUGCCCUUCAUCGACGAGGCCAAGCGACUGCGAGCGAUGCACAUGAAGGAGCACCCGGACUACAAGUACAGGCCGCGAAGGAAGCCCAAGACCCACCGCAAAGAGGGCUACAGCCCUUACGCCCUGCCCUACCCCAGCGUGGCCAUUCCGAGCAUGUCGGGGACGAUUGGUCAGGCGAACAUGAGCUCGUACUACGGGCCGGCGGCCUAUGGAUCGCUCACGACCAUGGCCGCGGCCGCGGCGGCUGCGGCUCAUCAAUCGGCGGCUAUGUCGGCAGGACUCACUGCACCCGCACAGGUGGUCAGCUCGAUGGACGCGAUGAAGUACUCGAUGGAGGCCGACAAGUACCGGGCGGCGUACAUGCCACCGUCGACCCUGGCCAUGACGGCCAUGUACUCGGACCCCAAGUACCUCGAGUCGAGUCCCAAGUCGUACUUGGACCGCAGCUACCUGGACUCGGCCAAGGCCUACAUCGAGCAGUCCAAGCAGCUCUACAUGGACCACCAGCAGCAACAGCAGAAACCGCCCGCGAGCCUACUCAGCGACUACAGCCGGCACUCGGGCUCGACCGGCUACGAGGCCGGCAAGCUCUACGACGAGUCCAGCCCAACCGGUGGCGGCUCGCUGAGCCGGUCGCCGGCCGCUGACUCGCCAGAUGGCAGCCUCGUCGCCAAGCCCAACGGCGGCAGCAGCCAGGGCUCGUCGGGCAGCAACAGCAGCAAUAACAACAACAACAACAACAACAACCAUCCAGCCGACAGCAAUCGCAACGAGCUCGGCUCGUCCGCGACCUCGAGCCCGUCCGGUGCUGCCGCCGCCGCUGCUGCGGCUGCCGCGGCUAGUCUCUCGAGCUACUACAGCCCUCAGGGCCUUCUCGGACCGGCUCAGAUGGCCGCGGCUCAGUACGCCGGUUACCAGAGCGCCGGGGGCCCUGGUUCGCUGGGCAACGAGUUCCGCAGGCCGCUCGCCGUCCUCCUCUGACCCUCCGAUCGGGCGGCUUAGCUCUGAGCCAUGCUGGCGCAACAGCGCCAUAACCUCAACCACCACCACCAUCUUAACGACCAGCAGCACCACCACGACCGUGAUUUCGAUGAUUACAGGCCGUGAGCUGUUGACACCGUCACUCGUACCCACUUGUCCCGCUGUACCUUUACAACCAUCAUGACAUGGCAACCCUCAGUUUUUAUUUGGAUGAUGGAAUUGUUUGCGGUUCGUGGUCGGUGGAGGGAUCGGCAU